CUGCAAACUUCUACCAACCAAUUGAUAAUCGUCCUGACCACCAUUGCAACACUACAUUAUUAUAAUAACACAACAAUGGCUACCAUCUUGUCAUUUUGAUGAGCUUGGGCUCAAUAGCCUCACCAUGUCGUGCCACCAGACACUUGUGUGAUACUCUUGACCUCUUUCAACAACCUCAACAUAUUGGCCGUUGGUUAGGCUGUUGAAGCCGUGAUCCAAGCAAUUAUUGCUUUCAGUGCUCGCGUCAGCUUGACCAGUGUUAUAUGCAUUCAACAUGGCGAACGUACAUGAGUGGAUAGAUGGAACGGCGCACGACACGGCUCUGGGAUAUUUCAAAUUCGAGUCUUACUUGCAGAGAACACCGCCGCCUAGUGCGCAGCCAAAAGGCAGUCAUCCAUCCCAGGAGAUAGAAGAAGGCUUCUACGACGUCAAAUUCUACCCGUUUGGCCCGUACCCAAUAUUUGCAGCGACAGGCAGGCGUCUUACGAUUGUCGUCUCAAUAAACACCGAGAAUAAUGGUACAGAGAUGCUAAGACAAUGGGAAAAUCCGAAAGACGUCGAGGGCAAGUUCGACUCGAAUAGCCUGACCUGGUCAAAGGAUAUCGACACCGGAGAUCCACUCCUGUGCAUAGCAGGAACCGGUGGUGAUAUCAGGAUAUAUAAUGUUAUCACAGGAGCUUUAGUUCAGACCCUAGGCAACCACGGGGGAAGCGUCAACGACUUGAUAACUUCGCCUUUGGACCCUCGUAUUAUUGCAUCGGCGUCUCAAGACCAUUCCAUUCACAUAUGGAAUCUCGACAAGCGGGCUAGAAACUCACCGUCUCAAGUAGUCCUAGGAGGCCCUCACACUGAUGGUGUCCUGACCAUAGAUUUUCAUGAUAGUGGCAAGUUCCUUCUUUCCGGAGGACAUGACACAAAAGUGUGCAUGUGGAAAUUACCCUCCGUUGACGCUGAAAAACCUAACCGUGCCCGUGGUCAAAACGUCCAUUUUCCGGUGUUCGAAAGUACGGAGAUACAUGCAGGCUACGUUGACUGCCAAAGCGUCAAAUUUCACCACGACUUGAUACUUUCAAAAUGUUCAGUCGAUCAGCCCAAGGAUGCCAAGAAGGCCGACAGAUCCGAUAAUUGCAUCGUCUUAUGGCGCAUAGUCGACUUUCAGUCUGACCGAGACGACCCGCAGCUACCACCUUUUGUGAGGCCCGACAACCCCGAGUUCGUGAAGACGACUAUCAACUACACGCGAUCGGUGUGGGGCCGUGGUUUCGAGCGCCUGGCUCUCUUCAAAUUGCGCAAUUGCGGCCUCUUCUACAACCGUUUCGGCCUCUUCAAUCAAGCAGACAUGCACCCCAUCCUUGCGAUGGGAGACGAGGAGAGCCACUAUUACUUUUGGGAUCUCCAGCGCAUCGAGGAGGACCUCAAGGACGGGCUUGCUGGACGUCAAGACAGGGCAAAAGCGGGGCUGUUGACUGGCGAUACCUACAAUAAGAUUGAAUGUCACUACAAACUCAACUGUCCGAACAGGAAGGCAUAUCUACACAACCGCGCCAUCUCGUUUAGCAACGACGGCAUGACGGCCGUCGGUGCUGGCGCGCUGGGGAACGAGUGUAUGAACACUAUCUUCCGGAGGCAUGCAAAGGCACACGGGAAGAAGAAGAAGAAGACUGGCAGCGCGUCACAGACUGCAAGCAAGUCGAGCCGCUAG